UGACAUUUUUUUUAUUCAUUAAAAAUGCGUGCGCGAUGCAUCGAUUUAUGGAAAUCCUUUCACUUUCCCGCUAUGAAUGAGAACGACGAGAACGCAAAGAUACGUAUUCGCAAAUUAUUCUUCUCAUGAUAGUCUAUAUAUCUCGUAUUACUGUCUAACUCGAAAGUAAUGCUCUCUCUUUCAGAUUAAAAAGAACGAGUAAAACGCACCGGCUUAUAUAGGCGUUCCUACCUUCACCGAUUCGGUCGAAACCUGUGAGGGGAGUUGGAUAUUUUAACGAGAAACGCAUUUUGGCGUUAGAUAGCAUCAACUGAUAAUCUGGAAGGAAAUGUCCUGGAAAUCGCUAUCAAAUGUUGUCAACGACAGAUACAGGCAAACAAACUCGCAUCGAUUAACAACAGCAGUAGCAGUCACGUGCAACCUCAAACCACUUCUACUAUUUCGGCGCCUACGCCGCAGAUGCCAGUAAACUCAACAUCACCGCACACUUUGCAGAAUCGCAAACCGCAUAGAAAUCUGAUGUCCACCGGACGUCCGAGGGGACGUCCGCCUAACGCUAACAAAUACCUGCAGCACGCCAUGCAGCAGAGCAGCAAUGUGAUGAAUCAGUUCGGUUCCAAGAGUAACUUUACGAACUUCAUGAGCGCGUCCGAGCCAAAUCGCUCCAUGAUAAAUCCUUACUUCAUGAACUCUCUAGUCGACGCGAAUAUGCUAUCAGCCAUACUCACUAGCGGACUGAGCGGCAAUAUGAUGGAUCCCAUAUCGGCUAUGAGUUACUUGAACCAAGUAGGAAGCUAUCAGGAUAUCCUCAGGCAGUAUCAGAACAAUCUGUCGUCCUUAACCAAUCUCGCCAGCGGCUUAAGCAAUCCAGGUACUACAAUGACCACUGGCAUCAGUAGCGUCUCGACGAUGAGUACAUCUAGCAGCGUUAACACUUCGAGUAAUAUCAGUAGUUUAGGUAAUUUGAAAGGAUCUUUAGACUCUAUGACGGUGCAGCAAUUAUUAAGUUUGAGCAAUUCUACGGCGUCGACGUCGCGACCCAUGUACCAUCAAACAGCGGCCAAAACUAGCACGACCAUGUCCAUAACAAAAGAUCGACCUAACAUAUCCAUAACGCCAGUGAAUCAGCAGCAGCAGCAACAACAACAACAACAGCAGCAGCAGCAACAGCGCCGUCUCAUCACAAGACAAAACCUACCAGCAAGCAGCCAAACUUACAGACUGACUCAGCUGCAGCGUUACAUCCUGUCCACAUUCCAAAAUCGCUUCAGAUAUCACCGACAAAGCCGGUAUUACAUUCGACAAGUGUGACGACGACUACAGCAGCGCAAAUGUCCUUACUCAAGCCAUCCAUCAUUCAGCAGGUGAAGAGCAGCCCGCCCAAGCAGAUAAUCGCACCACAGAUACGCGUUUCGAAAUCGUUGACCGAGCCGCAGCCUGCGCACAACAACUCGUCUCUGUCCCAUUCGCUUUUGAAGAACAGCAACGGCAGUAGCAUCGUGACGACGAAUCCCCAGGUCGCUCACAUGUCCAUGGAUGCGCCUAUAUUUAUGAAACCACAGCAGACGCUGCCGUGAACCUACCUAUGACCGCGUCACGAUCCGGCACGUCCCUGCAGCACAAACUAUUGUCGAAGAAGAAUUGCCAGCGACCUUACUCGAGCUUGCAAAACGUGCAUUCCAAUGUGAGGAAGACUGCGAAGACGUCUGCGGCGAUGCCCGUGUUGAUGCCCGGC